UUCCGUGCCUCGUCGGCCUCGGUCCCAGACCGCGCUACGCCGACGAAGGUGUACAUCGAUCGGAAUGAAUUCUCGGUCUAGCCUGGAGAAGCCGGGGAACCCUCAGCAGGCCGCGCUCGGUGACUUGAGGUCGCUGUUGGGUGCUGUCGUGCGGAAACCUCGCGGGGACGCCCAUGGCAUCGCAGUUGACCAUCCAGCUGUGGCGGAGGCCAAACGUCGCGCCCUACAGAAAGGUGGCCCCUUCGACCAUUUCCCUCUACCUUCACCGUCCCAGACGGACCGAGAGCUGUUGGAAAAAGGAGCGGAAUAGUGCCACUUCACCUCCGCCAUUCUUCGCGGUAUCAAUCACGAAGAUGGGCGUGAGGCAGGCACUCCCUAUCUUACGGAUGGAGACGGCAACUGCUUGUUGAACGCCGUGGCCAUGCUGCUCGUGAAGAAGCAACCACGUGGGGUCAGGAACGCCGUGAAGACGAUGGCAGCUCAGCUCCGGCUGGGGAUUGUCGUGGAAGGCUUGCGCAACAUCGAGGUGUACCUCGAUCGCCAGUAUGAGUUCUACGGCACGUGGUACAACUAUGUGGAUCAGGUGGUGUUCGACCUGAAGAGGUGUGGCUGGGUGGUGGACGCAAUGCCGGAGAACCGUUGGCGAAUGGCGUCGCGUGACUGCGCACGGCUGGUGUUCUUGGGAUGCCUGCACCAAAUCGCUCGGGAUAAAGUAUUCCUCCAGCAGUUCGUGCUUCCUAUGCUGGCCACCGUCAUCCGGGGACCUGUCCGCGUAUUUGUGCCAUUCACCAGCGUCCAGAACGUCAACGGUGGAGAGUGGCAGUGGACCCUGUUCCAACCGCUGGUCGCACCGGACCCGGGACGUCAGACCGUUCAUGUUGUUAUGACGUAUGUUUCGAGCGCGGACUACAGACCCCAGUUCAGCGACGCCCACGAGUACAAACGUCUCAGCGGUGGCCGCAUCAGGGAGUUGAACCACUUCGUGGCUCUGUCUCACGACAACACCGCGAAAAAUCACGAAGCUGCUGUCACGAGGAUGGCCGGUCUUGUGCGCUUGGCACAAGACGACUGCAAGGAGUCGGAGGCGAGGCUCAAGGAAGCUGUAGGGGACUCGGGUGGUUCACCGUCGGCUCCUCAUACCUGCACGGAACUGGCGGACGCGCAGGGCAAGGCGCAAGAGCAGCUCAGGCGGAGGCAGGCCGCUUACAGAUGUAUAACGGGCACGUACUUCGUGAGUGUCGACCUUCAUUCGUAG